GCUUUCCCUCUGGGAAGCAGGUCACAGAUUGUGCAAAUGCCGAGGAAGCUGGCUGAUCCAGGAACGGGACCAGCAGAGAAGUGUUUUGCUCCCUGUUCUCCACACCAUCAGAACUGAUCUAGUAAAUGCAUUGCCUGUCUUCCUUACCUCCUUCAAGGACCAAGGUAAGAAAUGGUGGCUUCUCAUUAAAGGUGUGGGAGGGAUGAUCUUGAGUUGGACCCCAGGGUUCUUCCCUUGGGCAAUGGGAUCAAGGGUUUGAUUUGAAAAGCAGCAUAGAAUAACAUUAAGUUAAGACACAUUCCCAUCCCUCCUUUUGUUCUAUGUCGGUAGAGAGUUUUGUUGCUUAUCCUAGUUUUUUUGCUUCCUGACACAAAUGCAUUGAAUCUUUAGCUGAAAAGGGGGGAUGAGAAUAGGCAAACUUUUUAAAAAUACAAGGACUUAGGUUGGGGUCCAUUUUCUGAAGCAACGACUUCCUGGUACUGAGAAGACCGCUGGUGGUGGUGGGGAGGAGCGGCAAGGGCACUGAUGCCAAAGAGCCUGCCCUCUGGCUUGGCACCAGUUGCCGCCCUCCUUCCAGCAACAAAGGGAUGAGUGAAAGGGGAGGAAGGUGUGGCUUGCCAGGGCAGGAUCCCAGCCCCAGAGAGGCUCAUAAAAGGAGCUGCCCUUGCAGGGAUCCUUUCCAGAGAGGCUGGAGAGCAUCUGCUGCUGGGCUGCAGGAGGAGAGCUUUCAGCAGGCAGGAGACACCACCUGAGCUCAGGUAUGCCAAGGCCACGUCUCUUUGGGGUCUUCUUCAAAGGCUUGUGGAAGGCAGGCUCUCCAUUCUGAGGGGGCUUCCUUCCCACAGGCAAGGGGCAGGAGCCUGGAGGGGCUUGGAGUUGGGCUGCUUUUUCAUGCAAGCGUGGGCUGAAAGGGCUCAAAAUCAAGCGUUGACCCUCCAGAAUUACCAACAGGGAUAAAUGCUUGACCAGCAGCUGACCAGGCACCCCAUCAAUGGCCAAAGUUUGCUUGUUUAUUACUAUAAUCUUUAUAAUUUUUGUAAAAUUAUGGACAGAAGUUCAACAUCGCUCCCCUGAGGAUUUGGUUACAAUAAGAGGCUAAGCCUAAGUGAUACUGAACAGUUUUUCGACAAGAAAGAAAGAGAAAAGAAAGACCCCAAAGUACAAAUGUAAGGAGAUGUUAUGGAGUGGUUACAAUACCAUCAGUUACAUGAAAUGUUUACAUUAGAUAGAAAAAAUGGUUUUUCCGACCAAAGCUCACAAUUCGAAAAAGAACUUCUACAAAACAAAGAGAAACUUUAGUCCAAAAUGUAUACAGUGGUACUUCAGGUUACAUACGCUUCAGGUUACAGACUCCACUAACCCAGAAAUAGUGCUUCAGGUUAAGAACUUUGCUUCAGGAUGAGAACAGAAAUCGCGUGGUGGCAGCAGGAGGCCCCAUUAGCUAAAGUGGUGCUUCAGCUUAAGAACAGUUUCAGGUUAAGUACGGACCUCCGGAACGAAUUAAGUACUUAACCUGAGGUACCACUGUAAUUUGUUAUUAGCCAGGGAACAAAAGACGAGUUUGUUAAAGCGUCAGUGACACACUGGGCAAUAGAUAUAAGACACAAUACAGAUUUUAACCUCUGGGAAAAACUCUGGAAAAGUGACUUGAAGUUUGCAGCAUGUUAUUCUUUGAAGGAGAACUACCUGAAAAUGACUCACAGAUGGUAUUUAUCUCCAAGUAGGCUUGCUAAGAUCUACAAGACAGAAACAGAUUAGUGCUGGAAGGGUAAAGAGAGGUGAAGGGAAUGUUUUUUCAUAUGUGGAGGACUUGUAAAAGGGUAAAAGAGUAUUGGGAAAUGAUCCAUAAUGGAUUGAAAAAAAUGUUUAAAAGUACUUUUCCCCCAAAACCAGAGUCCUUUCUGUUGGGGAUAAUUCAUACUGAAAUUCCUAAGUGUCAAAAAAAGGUUAUUUAGGGAUGCUACUACUGUGGCCUGUGUUUUGUUAGCCCCCAAAUGGAAAACGAGCAAGGUCCCAGCCAAAGAAGAAAGGCAACUUAAGUGGACAGAAUAUGCACAAUUCCCAGGCUUAACAUACAGAAUAAGAGAACAGAACAUACAUUUGCAGAAGACUGGAAAACGUUUAUUGAAUAUAUGGGAAAUAAUUGUAUACAGCUGAAAAUGCUGGCAGCAGUGUAAACAAGUUUUGAUGGAUGCAAUAAUGGAAUACUGAAUGGCAUAGUUUUUGUAAAAUAUGCAGGGAUUUAUGAUAUGUAAAAUGAACCAUGGAAAGAGAAGAAGGGAAGUCAUUGAUAUCUUAAGGAUAUUUUAAAUUGCAAAACAGAAGAUUUAAUAGAAAAUUGUAUAUCUAUAUAAAUGACAAGUACAUCUCUAAUAGUCUGAAGACAUAAUAAAAUUAUCACAACUUUACUUCUUUCAUAAAAUUUAUACACUGCUUGACUAUAAAAAGACAAACCUCUAAGUGGAUUACAAAAAGGACAAAACAAUAACAGUAGCAAUAAGAAAAAAUAAUAACAAUAAUUUCAGACUCCCGCCAAGUUAAAAUAGAAUAGGCAAAAACAGAUUCCAUCUUGCCUCAACAUUCUAAGUUUGCCCCCCCGCCCCCGCCCAGUUUUGCCAACGCAGCUUCUGGCUGAAGGGACUUGCAAGAGAGCCACUGUCUUCAGGGGAACCAUCUCAGAACCCCCUUCCAGCUGCCAUCCAGCAGAGACUCCCCAGAGGCAGAAGAGGCAGCUGGGCAUGGCCUGCCCGGGUCAGGGGGUGCCCACCCAUGGCUCUGCCCCGGAACUGGCGUGGUCUUGAGUUGGGCUGGCUGCUCCUGAGGAGGUAAUGAGAGAGCCCAGAGUGGCUGCAGACCCAUUUCCUCUGCCUGGAAGCCACAAGAGGCUGCAAGUCUGUCCAACAAGGAGCACUUUUGGAAGGGAUCCCCAAAGGCCAUCUAGUCCAACGCCUGCAGUGCAGGAAUCACAACACUUUUCUCCUCGCUCUCUCCCCUCCCUUAAUGUGGAUGGGUGGGAGAUAAACUUUCUUAAAUGAAAUAAAAAGUACGUCUUUGGUCUAAGAUACUUUUCCAAAAAGCGAUUCUACCUGUCCUAUUGGUGAUGUUAUUUCUGAGUGUGAGGGUUGCCUUUCCUUGCAUGGGGCUGUUGGUCUCCCUCCACCCAGCGAUAUUUGCAGCUGCCCUGGGGGGUCUCGCUGAGUUGUGAGCCAAUCCAUUGCCUUCUGGGCUUCUUGGGCUCCCCCCCCCCACCUGCCUUCUCUCCUCGACAGGCACCUAGGGAUGAAGUUUCACCCAAGGCCCCUUUGGCCAUUUCUGAGCCUUGCUCAAUGAUUGCCAGACCCAUAAAACUGGAGAGUUGGAAGGGACCCCAAGGGCCAUCUAACCCCUCCCUGACCCUUCUGCUGUUUUUCCCCUGCCAGGAAGGGAGCCUAUUUCUGCUCCCGCCCAUCGCCAUGGCAGUCCACUGGGUGCUGCUCCCCUUCAUCCUGGGACUCCUCAGCGGGACCCAGGGGCAAACUUUCCACAUGGGGAGCUGCCCAGACCCUCCAGUCCAGGAGGGCUUUGACGUCAACAAGGUAGGAGCAAACCCGCCCCGACUCUGCCUUAUUGCAGCCAAACUCAGUAGUCAGCUGGACCACCAGGUGGCGGGGGCAGCGGGAGGAGGGGGUUGAAGGUGGGGAGGGCAUUGCCAAGGCUGGGCAGGGAAAGGCAGGACAGAAUGGGAUUUCUUCAAGGCUACUCUGCGAGGAAGCCUGUUCCAGAGCGGUGCUUCAAUCGCGGCCCCACAGAAGAUGGGCAGAAUAUGGAUUGACUCUCUUGUGUUUUCCCUCCCCUCUCUCAGUAUCAGGGGAUAUGGUACGAGAUUGAGAAGCUGCCAUCCAAUUUUGAGAAAGGGAAAUGUAUCCAGGCACACUAUGAGCUCAAGGAAAACGGGAAAGUGAGAGUGGUGAACAAAGAACUCCUGUAAGUAUCUUUCUCCUCCUGCUUGGCAGGAGUUGGGGGUGAACCGUGGGUUCUUCAUGGUUUGGGGAGGGGGUGUGGUGCUCCUGCUGGGCUCCUGGGGGGCCCUCCUGCCCCAACACCUCCCUCUGGCUGCCCCGGCUGAGGGGUUUGCAGGCUUGCCUUUAUCUAGGUGUUUCGGUGCCCCCUUCCAGGGCCAAAGACCCACCUGCAAAAACAGCUCACAGGCCAUCCAACAGUGGCAAUUUAAAAUUAUACAUUUAGUUAAAACGAGAACAGGAAUAGCUGCCUCUCAAAGGCCUAUUUUAAAAACACAGAGAGGGAACCAGGCGCACAAAACGCAGGAGGGAAUUGCACAGGGAAGGAGCCACCACCGAAAAGGCCCCGCCUGCCUCCCACCAAGCAGGCAGAUCUGAAGGGGAGGCCUGUGAAUGCCACCGGGGCACAAGGGGACUGCGGUCCACUUUCUCCAGACACAGUUGCAGAUGUGUCCAUGCUGUUUCUUGUUUUGUAAACUGUUUCUUGUCCUCCUUGGGCUGCUCUUUCACCUGCUGCACGUCUUGCUCUCCCUCCAGCUCUGACGGCUCCAUCAACCAGAUUGAGGGGGAAGCCUUCCAAAGAGACCACCAUGAACCGGCGAAGCUGCAGGUCAAGUUUAGCUCGUGUAAGUAAGUGGGAGGCUCCUCCUCUUCCUCUUGGUCCACCCUGGUCAUGGAGGAUGGAGCUUGCAAGGCCAACCGUGGAGGCAGAAUGGAAUCUGCCCCAUUUCGGGCGUUUCUGCUGGCUACAUUGUGGUUAGUAGUCAUUGGCAACCCUCUCACUGCCCACUCCUCUUGGUGGACCAUCCAAGUUGGUGGCCAUCCCUGCCUCCUGCAGCAGCGAGUUCCAUAGUUUAACCAUGCACUUUGUGAAGAAAUAGCUUCUUUUACCUGUUCUGGAUUUUCCAACACACAGCUUCAUUGGAGCACCUCUCUGCAUUGACUUUCUCCGCAAUAUUCCAAAUUUGCCCCAAUGUUGUAACCAUUCCUCACCAGGGGAGCUGUUUCAGCCCCUUGACAAUUGGAGUGGCCCCUUCAGCUCUGCAGUGCCCUUUGUGUUGCAGCGCUCAGUGUCUUCCAGCUGUGAGCAUGCCUUAGAUUUGGACAAGGGUCUCACACUAUUGGCCAUUUUCAAUCCCUUUAUCAAUGAUCUGCUUCUUUGGCGCAAUGUGGCUUCUUUCUACCUGGCAAGGAAGCAGAUGGAGGCCUCAUUCAUUAGAAACACACAGAGAGCCAUUUCCUUGAUUGCCGGCUGUGAGUUUGGCCACUUCAUUCCCCGCUGCAAGGAUACAUCUAUUAUAAAGGCUGUGUUUUGCAUUGUGAUAGAAUUCGGUGAAGUCUCUUCACUGCCCAGCUUCCCUUUGGGACGGCUGGGCUCCGAGUCACGAGUGAACAGGCUCCUUAUUCCUUUUGCGCCGUGGGCUUCGUUGUUGCCCCGGACAAAAGGGAGGCCUUGUUGGGAAAUGAAGGGAUGCUGCCAGGCCUCUCCUGUCCCUCCGUUUUCCUGCCGGCCAAGCCAGCCCCUGCUCUUCCAGCGGCUCUUUUGCUGAUGGCAAUUCCUGCUCCUUUCCCCUCCAGUCAUGCCGGCAGCACCCUACUGGGUCCUCUCCACAGACUACGAGAACUACACGCUGAUCUACUCCUGCACGAAUUUCCUCUGGCUCUUCCAUGUGGAUUACGCCUGGAUCAUGUCCAGAACCCGCCAGCUGCCCCCGGAGACUGUGGAGCACCUCAAGAGCACCCUGCAGUCCUACAAGAUUGAAACGGCUCGCAUGAUGCCCACCGACCAGGAGAACUGCCCAUCAGACAUGUAGCCUGAGAGGCCCCAACCAGCCCUGGACUCUGCCUGCUCCUCCUUGCUAGCUGCUGCUUUGUCUCGACCAGCACAGCCUUGGGGCUCGUGUAGUUUGCCAGCCCCCAGGCCACCGGGACGAGUGGGAAGGCCCUGCGCCCGCUGCCUUGUGGCACCCACCUGUCCUGGGGAGGACCUUGCUGUAGUGUCCUGCUGCCCCCUUCCGCACUGCUGUUUCCGGGUUAAAAUCUGUUUCAAGAGUAAAGCGAAGAUCUCUGAGGAGGCUGCCACCUGACUGAGGCUGCCAGUUGCUUCCUGGAGGGUUGGGAACCUGGGACCGCAUUCCAAAUUCUCUUGUGAGGAAACUUCAGU